AUGUCAUUUCUCAAGGAUGCUGGGCGACUUGAGUGGGAGGGUUGUUUCUUUUUCUUCCUCCUCCUGCUUCUCGCCUCAUGGUGGUGAUUUCUCCCCGCUGCGCAGGGCCCCCCGACCUUUGGGUUCCUCUUAGACGUCGACGGUGUGCUGGUUCGGGGCCACAAAGUCAUUCCGGCUGCGCUGGACGCCUUCGCCAGGCUGCUGGACCCACAGGGGCAGCUGCGGGUUCCUGUGGUUUUCGUCACCAACGCCGGGAACAUCUUACAACACAGCAAAGCCCAGGAACUGUCAGCUCUGCUGAGAUUCAAGGUGGAUCCAGACCAAGUCAUUCUCGCUCACAGCCCCAUGAGGCUCUUCUGGCAGUUCCACGGCAAGCGGAUGCUGGUGUCCGGCCAGGGCCCUGUGCUGGACAUUGCCCAGGCACUGGGCUUCCAGAACGUGGUUACAGUGGAUGAGCUUCGCACGGCCUUCCCAGUGCUGGACAUGGUAGACCUCGAGCGGCGGCCAAAGACCACGCCCCCUCAGAGGAGUGACUUCCCGGCCAUUGAAGGGGUGCUCCUCCUCGGGGAGCCGGUCCGCUGGGAGACAAGCCUGCAGCUGAUCAUGGACGUCCUUCUCAGCAACGGGAGCCCGGGGGCUGACCCGCCGAGGGUCCCCUACCCCCACCUCCCAGUCCUGGCCAGCAACAUGGACCUCCUGUGGAUGGCGGAAGCCAAGAUGCCCAGGUUUGGCCACGGCACCUUCCUGCUUUGCCUGGAAACCAUCUACCGGAAAGUGACGGGCAAGGAGCUGCGAUACGAGGGCCUGAUGGGCAAACCCAGCAUCCUUACCUACCAGUACGCAGAGGACCUGAUCAGGCAGCAGGCAGAGCGGCGGGGCUGGGCCGCCCCCAUCCGGAAGCUCUACGCCGUGGGUGAUAACCCUAUGUCUGACAUCUACGGCGCCAACCUGUUCCACCGGCACCUGCAGAUGGUGAGGCGGGGCCGGACGCCGGAGCCGGGGGCCGGGGGCCUGUGGCGGCGGCAGCCCUCGGCGGCCCAGAGCGUCACCUCCAUCCUGGUGUGCACCGGCGUGUACAGCCCGCGGGACCUGGGGCCCGCAGAGCUGGGCGUGGGCUCCGAGCCUCCGUACCACGGGCACCGGGACUUCGGCUUCAGCCCGGGGCUGAUGGAGGCGGCGCACGUGGUGAGCGACGUCGGCGAGGCCGUGCGGCUGGUGCUCCGGCAGGAGGGCUGGGCCGGGUAGCUGGGCCGCGGGGCGGGGCAGCCACCGCAGAG